AUGAAUAGGACGGAAGAAGAAGUGGUGGACAUUAUUGAGGAUGUUGUGAAGUACUAUAGAGAUUGGCAAGAUGGUGAGAGGGAUUCAACUAGCAAGAGUGGCUCUUCAGUGUACUGCCUAGAUCCCAAGAAACCCGUGAAUGCUAUUGUUACAAGGAGUGGGAAGGUUCUUGAGGAGAGAUUACCUAGGAGGAGUGAAGACAAGGAGGUCCCCAAGGAAGCUUUGGUAGAGAAUGAGGGAGAUAAAGCAUCUUUAGAUGAGGUUGUGGUUGAGACACCUAGAGAGGUGAGAGUAGAGAAAGAGAUUGUGAAACCCAAGCUCCCUUAUCCCCAAAAAUUCAUGAGACACAAAUUGGAUGAGCAAUUUGGGAGAUUUAUUGAUAUGCUCAAACAACUUCACCUUUCUCUACCUUUCACCGAUGUGAUUAACCAAAUGCCUAACUAUGCCAAAUUCCUCAAAGACAUUUUGAGUGGGAAAAGGACUUGUGAUGUUGUGGAGAUCAUCAACUUGACUGAGAAUUCCGAUAGGUCAAUCAAGUUUCCAAAAGGUAAAGUGGAAGAUGUUCCAUUGAGGGUUGGGAAGUUUGUGUUCCCGGGGGAUUUUGUUGUUCUAGAAUUGGAUGAAGAUGAUACCAUUCCUAUCAUUCUAGGUAGACCUUUUCUUGCUACCUCGGGUGCUAUGAUAGAUGUCAAAAGUGAAAAGAUUUCCCUUAAGGUAGGAGAUGAGGUCAUAUAA